GAAUGAUUAGUAUUUGAUCAAAUAACAGCAGAGAAAUGGCUUCAAACCCGAAAAUCCAUCAUUUGAUGACGUUGUAAAGCACAAGGAUAGACAUGAGUGGCUGGCUUCUAAUCCAUGGCAAGUCGGGUUUACGAUGUAACCAAUUUUCUGGAAGAGCACCCAGGAGGAGACGAAGUGUUAUUAGCAGCAACAGAGAAAGACGCGACGGGUGAUUAUGAAAAUGUUGGACACAGCCAAGAUGCAAAAGAAGUGAUGAAGAAGUAUUACAUCGGAGAUAUUGAUGAGAAGAGCGUUCCAGCUUGGGGAAGGAAGAAGAAGAACCGUCCUCCAAAUACAAUACGUAUUACAGCUCGAGAACCAAAAUACAAUAGUUUGGCUGUGAAGCUCUUCGUACUUCUGUUACUUCCGCUCCUUCUGGGUGUUGCGUUGGCUUUGAGAUUUGCCUCCAAAAAGCACUAACGUCAGUUCUCGUUUUUUCUUGGAGGUAGAGUCGGAGCUCUCUGUUUCUUUAAUUUUACAAGAGUUUCUAGUUCGAUUUUCUUUUCUCUCUUCUUCUUUUCACUUGUCUUAUUAUU